AUGAAUCCUCCUCCAAACCGUCCACGAUCAAUCAGUGAAUCAGACGGUGGGGGGCCGGAAGGCUCACCUGCUGGGAAGAGACAGGAAAGAACAUCAAUCCGUGGAGCGGACGGUGGGGAGCCGUUCAAGGGCUCACCUGCUGGGAAGAGAAAGGAAAGAACAUCAAUCAGUGGAGCGGACGGUGGGGAGUCUGUCGAGGGCUCACCUGCUGGAAAGAGACAGGAGAGAACUUCAAUCCGUGGAGCGGACGGUGGGGAGUCUGUCGAGGGCUCACCUGCUGGAAAGAGACAGGAGAGAACAUCAAUCAGUGGAGCGGACGGUGGGGAGUCUGUCGAGGGCUCACCUGCUGGAAAGAGGCAGGAAAGAACAUCAAUCAGUGAAUCAGACGGUGGAGGGCUGUCAGAGGGCCCAUCUGCUGGGGAGGAACGGCGGGGAACACCCCGUCUGACUCCGGCCUUCUGGGACAGCUUGUCCUCAAUUCACCUGACGCGAAGAGCGCUGGCCGAACUCGACCGGAGAAAUGCACUACGAAAGAAGAGUUCGCCCAAGCAACCUACCAGCGUCAAAUCCGUCUCUGAACCCGACACCAUCGACCUGGAGGACGUUGCGAGACGCGGCGGGCCUGAUUUGACCGAUCUUCGAGGGUGUCCCUACCCCAUGAGUCCAUCCAAUGCAGGGGGCAAGCGAACAUUCAUACCAGUUGGAGACGAUAGCUGCCACCGUAGCGAAGAUCCCUACGACACCAAUUUCCAGCAAUACUUUAUCGAUCGUGGAAUCUACCCACCAGGCGCCGGCCCUUGGUACGACAACAUACCGGAGCCAGAACCGGGAAAUCUCCACGAAAUAUUAAACACUCUCCUGCAACCGCGGGCUUCUCCCUCCGAACAGUCCCCUGACGACCCUUUCCGGGAUUUCAUGGGACACCUUGCAAAAGCGCGUGAUCAGGCGAAGGUAGGGGCUGAAUGGCUGUGUGCGGGUGCUGGUGAGGCCCUGCCGAACCCUUUCAACAACGCAGAUCGCCUGUUUAACUACUUGGAACCGCUGGAUAAAUACCUACCACCUGCACAACCGGACUUCUAUGUUGAUGCUCAGCGCAGUUUUAUCCCCUACGGACUGAGAAGCCACACCUUUCCAUGCCUCGACAUGUCGCUGAUAGCCGCACCCAACUUCUUCGUGGAGGCCACCUGUCUUUUCAGCUGCAGUAAUAUCGGGACGCUUCAUGCUUGCUACGAUGGAGCGCUGGGGGCCCGGGCGAUGCAUUACCUUCAAAACUACAGAUUACGCGAGGCAAACUACGAUGGGAACGCUUACAGCUUCUCUUCCACGUGGUACGAUCGCGUUCUGACACUGUUCUCACACCAUGUAUCGCCGCCUGCGGCUCCUGGUCAAUCAGAAAGAUAUCAUAUGACAUGUUUGGCUCAAUAUGAUAUGGCAAGCGGCCUCGAUGCUUUCAAGGAAGGAGUAACUGCCUUUUGCAAUCUUCGCGAUCUCGCCGAAAGUGUCCGAGCAAACUUCCUGGAGGAGGUGAAACAACGAGUGCCACCUGGUCAUCAAUAG